CUCUGACUCCCACUGACGGAUGAACGGGUGCACCCUGCAAAUAUGAUCUGGUUUACAGUUUUAGCCGGACUGGCUAUUCUGUUCUUUGUAUUCCUGAAAUCAUUUUCCCCAUAUUUUAAGGACGACUGCGCCUAUAUUCUGAGGAGCAUUAAACUUGGCAUCAGGCUCGUCAAAUAUAAGAAGAUCAAACCUUUUUACAGCAUCUUGGACAGCUUCUUGGAUGCAGUGAAGAGGCAUCCCGACAAGAUCCUCCUGCACUUUGAGGGUCAGCAGUUCACUUAUGGCGAGGCGGAUAAAAAGAGCAACAAGGUGGGCAGAGCUCUGCAGGCUGAAGCCCGGCUGAAGGAGGGGGACACGGUCGCCCUGUUUUUGGCCAACGAGCCCAGCUUCGUCUGGACUUGGCUCGGCCUGUCCAAGCUGGGCUGUCCGGUUGCUCUCCUCAACUUUAACAUCAGAUCUAAGUCUCUCCUGCACUGUUUCUCCUGCUGCGGAGCCAAAGUGCUCAUCGCCUCUCCAGAGCUGCAGGACGCUGUGGAGGAAGUUUUGCCUACACUGAGAGAACAGGGCAUCAGUGUCUACCUCCUGUCAGAUACCUGCAAAAUCAAGGGCAUCAACACUUUAUCCGAAAAGAUUUCGCGGGCCUCAGAUGAACCUCUGUCCCCACAACUCAGAGCCAACAUCCACAUCAGGAGCACUGCCCUUUACAUCUAUACGUCAGGCACUACAGGUUUGCCUAAAGCAGCCAUUGUCACACAUGAGAGGGUGUGGGCCGCCUCCUUCGUCCAGGCGGCUUGUGGAUCCACAUCAGCGGACAUCUUCUACAUCAAUCUGCCUCUGUAUCACAGCGCAGGCUUCCUCAUCGGGCUGGCCGGAGGCAUCGAGAGAGGUAUGACCCUCGUUUUAAAGAGAAAGUUCUCCGCCUCUCAGUUCUGGGACGACUGCAGGAAAUAUAAUGUGACAGUGAUGCAGUACAUCGGUGAAACAAUGCGCUACCUCUGCAACACGCCCGAGAAAGACAAUGAGAAGGACCACAAAGUGAGGAUCGCCAUUGGCAACGGAGUUCGGUCAGAUGUUUGGUCGGAUUUUCUGAAUCGGUUCGGUGACAUUAAAGUCAAAGAGCUGUACGCCGCCACAGAGGGAAACAUCGGCUUCAUCAAUUACACGUCUAAGAUUGGUGCAGUUGGACGAGUCAAUCCCGUCCACAGGUUUUUCUUCCCCUACACUUUGAUCAAGUUUAACAUUGAGAAGGAGGAACCCGUCAGAAACUCUGAGGGUCUUUGCAUCGAGGCAGACAGAGGUGAGACGGGACUUUUGGUGGGAAGGGUUACUCAGAGGUCUCCCUUUAUUGGAUACGCCGGCAACAAGACGCAGACUGAGAAGAAGAGGCUUCACAACGUCUUGAAAAAAGGCGACUUGUACUUCAACACUGGCGACUUGCUUCGGUUUGACCACGAGAACUUUGUGUACUUCCAGGAUCGAGUCGGUGACACUUUCAGAUGGAAAGGAGAGAACGUCGCCACAUCGGAGGUAGCAGAUAUUCUCUCGAUGGCUCAGAGCAUUUUGGAGGCAAACGUCUACGGUGUUAAAGUUGAAGGUCAUGAGGGGCGGAUCGGCAUGGCGGCUGUUACUCUGAAAGAAGGGGAAGAGUUUGACUGUUUGGACGCCUACAACAAGGUCACUAACUACCUCCCUGCGUACGCACGACCCCGAUUCAUCAGGAUUCAGCCCUGCCUGGAGAUGACAGGAACGUUCAAGAUGAAGAAAGUGAAGCUGGUGGAGGAGGGAUUCAACCCAGCGCUCAUCAAUGACCUUUUAUACUUCCUGGAACCUGAGAAAAAGUCGUAUGUUCCCCUGACCGAGGAGAUUUACAAAGCGAUAGGUGCCCGGCAAAUCAAACUCUAACACAGAAAAAAAAAAAUAAAACCUCAAGUUGCCCGUUUUGUUUAUGACGAUGUAAGAAAGAGCUCACUCAUGGACCUCGUUAACACAAUCAACUAAUCUCAGGGACAGAUGGACUUUUCACCACGUUUGAAGAGACCACUUCUUCUUCUUUUCUUUUUUUUAUUAACAGCUACUGUGCAUCUCUGCAGUGUUUGUAAAUGUAUUUCCAUAAUGCUGACAGUAUGUAACACACAGGUCUGUCUCACAUCCACUGUUGUACUUUUAUAAUAAUUAGUAGUUUUUUUAAAUAAUAUCUGAUUGUCCAGUUAAAUUGUAGCAUGUACAUUUUUUUAAAAAUUUUAAGCUGAAAUCUUUUCAUCAUCUAAAGCAUAUUUGCAUUAGAUUUGAGAUUUUCUUGUAAAAUAAUUCUGAUCAUAUGUAAAUUAACUUGGUACAACUUUGGGUAUUAAACCUUUUAAAACCUA